UGAAAGAGGGGCGUGUCGGUGCUCGUAGAACGACGGCCGCGCGGCUGGAACCCGCUGGAAGAGAUACAGGCUACUUCUGAACAGCAGCAGCAGCUGGUGGAGAAAUGGAGAUACAGUCCUAUUAUGCCAAGCUCUUGGGAGAGUUGAAUGAACAGCGGAAGAGGGACUUUUUCUGUGACUGCAGCAUCAUUGUGGAAGGGCGGAUCUUCAAGGCCCACAGGAACAUUUUGUUUGCCAAUAGCGGCUACUUCCGAGCCCUGCUCAUUCACUAUAUCCAGGACAGUGGGCGGCACAGCACCGCCUCUUUGGAUAUUGUCACCUCUGAUGCCUUCUCCACCAUCUUAGAUUUCCUCUAUUCUGGGAAGUUGGAUUUGUGUGGGGAGAAUGUGAUUGAAGUCAUGUCGGCCGCCAGCUACCUGCAGAUGAAUGAUGUGGUGAACUUCUGCAAGACAUACAUCAGGUCAUCCCUCGAUAUCUGCCGAAAGAUGGAGAAGGAGGUGGCAGUGGCGGCGGCUGCGGCUCAUCAGGUAGAGAGUGGAAGCCCCAGUGCAGGCAGGGAAGAAACCUCCUGUGAUACCAAGAGCUUGGUCUCCUGUCUAGCAGAGGGAGAAGAGGGGGUGGACCGUCCAAGAGAGUCCCCUUAUGGUGGCUGCAGAGGCUGCCACCCCCUGGAACUGGUGGUGAAAGACAACCAGGGCAGUGGCUCAUCCGACAGUGACCUCUCCAGCCUGCCCAGACAGAUAGAGCCCAAGGUGGAGUUCGACGCCGAUGAAGUGGAGGUGGAGGUUGGUGAACAGCUGCAGCAGUAUGCUGCCCCGCUCAGCCUGACCCACACGGACGAGCCCAGCGGCCAGGCCAUCGACUUGGCUUACGGUAACUUCCACAUGAAGCAGUUCCUGGAGGCUCUCCUGCGCAACAGUGCUGUCCAGGGCAAAGAUGAUGCAGACCAUCCUUUUUCUCGGAGUUUGGAGGGAAGACCCGAUGGUGCAGGAGGAGCCGUGAGUUCUGUGAUGGGUGUCCAGACUGCCUGGUAUGGAGAGGACUCAGGUGAUGUGCUGGUGGUCCCCAUCAAGCUUCACAAGUGUCCUUUCUGCCCUUACACCGCCAAACAGAAGGGCAUCCUUAAGCGGCACAUCCGCUCACACACGGGCGAGCGGCCCUACCCCUGUGAGACCUGUGGCAAGAGGUUCACUCGCCAGGAGCACCUGCGGAGUCACGCGCUGAGCGUGCACAGAUCCAGCCGUCCGAUCAUCUGUAAGGGCUGCAGAAGAACCUUCACCAGUCACCUGUCACAGGGGCUGCGGCGCUUUGGGCUGUGUGACAGCUGCACUUGCGUUACAGACGCACAUGAUGAUGAAGACGAUCUGGUGCCCAUCAAUCUUAGCCUGGUGGAGGCUUCGUCCGAAAGCCAAGAGAAGAGUGACACAGACAAUGACUGGCCCAUCUAUGUGGAGUCUGGUGAGGAAAAUGACCCCACCGGAGAUGAUUCCGAUGACAGACUGCCAACUCGGCCCACCUUAUCAGAUGCAGAGACGCUUACGUAGCAACAAAUUGGUGUGCAAGAGGUUUUAGAAUUUGUUAUUGCUCAUUCUGUGGUUGAAAGCCACCAUUUGUCCAAUUUUGUGGAAUGCUGAGAGAAACAUGUUUUCACUGUUAAUAUAUUUGCAUUUUCCUAAACCACCUGGUGGAGAUUGGAUUUUGUGACUCAAAGAAUUCAUGGCUUUUUAGUGUGCUGCCCUUGGUUUUGAGGACUUUGCUGGGCCUGAGGCUUCCUGCUUUCCCUGUUGUGCAUCCAGACUCUGCUUAGGUGAAAGAUAAAAUCGCCAUGCUUGUUUCCAUAUGGUCUCAAUCCUCUGUUGUCACCCUCUUUCUCUGAAAAGGUGGACAAGAAUGUAUUAAGUUUUAAGAUCAAUCUUAACUUUUGUCAAGCUUCUCCAUAUGCAUUCCAUGUUUUAAUUUUCUGAUGAGGUAUUAGAAAGCUUCAUCCAUAUAAGGCAGGCUGGGCUGCCUGGCUACAUGAUUAUAAAAGUUACUUUUUAAAUCUAAGACUAUAGUGUUGAAGGCUGGGAGUAUUUAUGUGCAGACAAGCAUGGGAAUGAGCUGAAAGGCUCCUACGGCACUCUGACUUGCCCAGUUGAAUUAAACUUUAAAUUAGUCCUGGGAAGGGAGCCUGUGAGCCCAGGUCUGGGUGGCUUUCCUGUCUGGUUUAGUAUUUGACAAUUCUACGCACACAGAUAACCUAUCUUGUGAUCAUAAGAUAAGUCAUUUGGGCUAAACUCAGAAUGCUCCCCUGCCUUUUCCAGCUGUUUCUAAGAGCUGCUGCUGUGGAUAUAGCCAUUGCCAACAAGCUUUUACUCAUCAUGAAUAUUCGUGAACUUUAAUUGGAGGGAAAGUGUAAGCCUGUAUAAACAAGUUAUAUUUCUAAAUUGUUUACCUUUUACAAGAUCCUCUGGAGGUAAAGAGGUUAGUAGAACUUUAGUAGAACAGGUUUUUAAAACCAAUCUGCUUUUCACCCACUUUGCAGCCAUACAAUUAUUCUGCCAAAAGAGGCUGUGCUUCUUUAAAAAGCUGAAGAGCAGGAAAUAUUGGGGAUUAAGGAUAUUUAAAGCACUUUGAUAAUUUUGUCUUAGGUUAAAGUAUCAAAAAUGGAUUUUAAAGAAAUCCCUUUUCUUGCUAUAAUUUUAGUAUGGUUGAGUUUCAAAAGGUGGUAAAGUCACUCUUCUUUCUGCCUCUGGAACAAAAAAGAUAGUAAAAAACAUAAAUUGGCUUAUGAACUGCACUUCUCAAUAGACGUUAGAACCCCAGAAUGGUGCUGCUCAAACUCUGUGCUCCUGACAGCUUAGCUGCUGGUCUCUCAAUUCUUUGAUACCUUCCACAUAGUAGGACCCUGUGUUGGUCUGCAGUAGAUUAGAAAUUUAAAAACUGGUCUUUUACUACAGAUAGCUUGAAAAUUAUUGUUUUAGAUCAAGAGUUACCAAUUGAAAAUUAGCAAGGACCAGAAACACUUUUCUUACCUAAAAUAGAAAUAUUAGCUAUGUUUUAAAAGAGAGAGCUAAGCCAAAGGGAAACCUAAGUGUUUAGAAGAUAACACCUGUCAAGGAGUUAGGUUUGAUAUUUUUGUUUAUUCUGUUUUAAUUAUUACUGAUGUUUUAGUAAGAUGUUUCUACCUCACAGUUAACUUCUUUGCCUACUUCCUCUGGUAGGGCAAUGAUCCUCUUCAGGAACUCCAUGACCUGUUUAUAUCACUGGGUGACAGGUAAAAAAUUUAUACUACAAAUUUAACUGUAAGACAGUGGCUUUGAACUGGGGGUGAUUUUGCCCCCCAGAGGACAUCUGGCAAAGUCUGGAGACAUUCUCAACUGUUAAACUCAGGGCAGAGUGCUGCUGGCAUUUAGUGAAUAGAUGCCAGAGCUGCUGCUAAACACCCACAGUGCAUAGGAUGGAUGGCCCCUUACAGCAAAGAAUCACCUAGUCCAAAAUGUCAGGAGCACCAAUGUUGAGAAACCUUACUGUAAGAUACAGUAGGAUUUUAAAAAUGACCUUUAAUGAGUGAACUUAAUUUUAUGUUGUAUUUUAGGCUACCUUUUACCUUAUAAUAUUUAAUAGGCCCUUAUGCUUCUACAAGUUUUAGAAAAUAGUGGAUUAGUAAAAUGGGGAGCUGAGGCCAAAUUGUUUAUAACUUGCCCAAGAUCUGAUUAGGUUUGUGAUAUGGAAACUUAGAUAUUCUGAUCAGAUUUAUGCCCCCAGAACCAUUAUUAGGCUCUGAUCACUUUAUUAAAUUUUAGAGUAACAGAAUCGUUGGGAGGAAGAUGGAACAUGAAGCUUAAUAUUUAAACGAUAUCUUUCUUCCAUAAUGUCUAAGAUUGCUGCAUUCCUGGUGGCAUUUGGAGUUUGUAUUGGCGUUGGUAAUAACUGGGCUGCUGAAUUCUGUUGCUUUUAGAGGAGAUGCUUCCUUUGUCUGGACUGUCAGAUCAUAAACUGUCUUCUGUUUUGAAUUUAUAUUUACAUCUGGUGGUCAGUAACUUUGUGGUUUAAUUUGUGGAGUUGUUUUUUAAAAAGCUUUUAAAAACUUACUUUUAUAAUAAGUAAAUUCACAGUUGGACCCCACACCCGACCGUUAGUGAUUUAGUUCAUAUUCUGGCAUCUUUCUGGCACAUUCAGUCCAAGUUCACAAAGGGAUACUUUUGUCUUAUCUUAGAUACACUGUAUGGAUGGGAACAGGAUUCUUACUUGUAAUGGGAUUAAAGAACACAUCCCUGGGAAGUUAUUUCUCUUGGGGGAAGAGGACAGGCUUUCAUAGCAGGGGUGGAAGAAACGUAAAUAAGGCCUGGGUAUCUGUAACAAAUUAAGAAAUGACAUACGGCUGCAUGGCUUCUGGUCAUUUGACAGAAAGAUGCCCUUUUUUUAAAAAAAUUUUUUAUUAAGGUAUGAUCGAUAUACACUUUUAUGAAAGUUUCA